AUGGCAUCCCACGAGAUCCGAAAGGUUUGGGCAGACGGAUGCUUUGACAUGUUUCAUUACGGACAUGCAAAUGCCUUAAGACAGUCAAAGGCACUGGGAGAUUAUCUCAUAGCAGGGGUCCAUUCAUCUCUCAGCAUAAACCAAGAAAAGGGAUUGCCUGUGAUGGAGGACGAUGAGAGGUAUGAGGUUGUCCAAGGAUGCAGAUAUGUGGACGAGAUUGUGAGGGACGCGCCGUUUGUCACGCAGAUGGAUAUGAUUAAGGAGUAUGGGGUGAAUGUAGUAGCACACGGAAAUGACAUAAUACUUGACUCUAAUGGGCAAGACUCUUACUUCCAGGUUAGAAAGACGGGGAUGUUCAGGGAGGUUGAAAGGACUAUUGGGAUUUCAACGACAGAAACUGUUGGAAGGAUGAUGCUAAAAAGUAGAGGAUCUUGCAUAGAUGUAGAAAAUGGAGAGUGCAACAAAAACUCUAAGUACCAUGACGAAUUGAUUAACCUAUUUAUGAGUUCGAUGAAGAGGGAGAAGAAAGGAAGGAUUGUGUUUGUGGACGGAAACUUCGAUUUGUUCCAUGCGGGCCAUGUUGUGUCCUUGAGAAUAGCAAGAGAGAUGGGGGACUACCUGAUUGUUGGGAUACAUGAUGAUGAGACUACGAAGGAGUACACCAGGAACUAUCCGGUUCUGAGCACUAAGGAGAGGAUGCUUACACUGAUGUCAUGCAGGUAUGUGGAUGAGGUUGUGGUUUCGCCCUAUUUGGUUGGGGGUGAGUUUGUCGAAAAGCAUGGAAUCAAUGUCGUAGGGCCCUCUUUUGAUACAAAGGACUUGUCGAGAUACGACAAAAUCAAAGAGAUGGUGGAGCAUAGCUAUGCUGAAAACAGGUUCAACUAUCUCUCUGCAGAGCACAUAGUUAACAGGAUAAUAUCCAACUACCAAGACUAUGCAAACAGGCAAAAGAAAAGAAUGAAGAAUUAA